GAGCGAGGGGCGGGGGCAACUAAAUGGAGCAGCCGGAGUGACUUGGCUGCUUGUCGGGCUCGCAACAGCUGACGAGAGCGGAGCACAGCAGCCUCCCGGUGAACAAAGAACGGGGGGACGGUUUGCGGAGCUUUCGAACCCGAUCCAAAAGCAGCCAAGUGCGGGGAGGACGAGAGAUGAGGCACGCCGUGUCACCAUCGGAGAACGUGGAGAAUUGUUCGUUCGCCGUGACACACUUGUUUAAGAUAUGUGCCCAUUGUGAACGGCUCGGGAAAAAGGAUCUGGGAGUGCGAAUCCCAAGACCUCUGGGGAACGGGCCGAGUAGAUUUAUCCCCGAAAAAGAGAUUCUUCAAGUCAGUAAAGUGGACACCAGGACACAGUCGAUAUUCGAGGAUGCGUUCGCCGCCCUCGGUCGCCUGGACAACAUCUCGCUGGUGAUGGGCUUCCACCCGCAGUACCUGGAGAGCUUCCUGCGCACGCAGCACUACCUGCUGCAGAUGGACGGGCCGCUGUCGCUGCACUAUCGCCACUACAUCGGCAUCAUGGCGGCGGCUCGCCACCAGUGCUCCUAUCUGGUCAACCUGCACGUCAACGACUUCCUCCAGGUGGGCGGCGACCCCAAGUGGCUUAACGGGCUGAACGGCGCCCCGCGAAAGCUUCAGCAGCUGGGUGAACUCAACAAAAUCCUGGCCCACCGGCCAUGGCUGCUCACCAAGGAGCACAUCGAGGGUCUCCUGAAGGCCGAGGAGCACAGCUGGUCACUGGCCGAGCUCAUCCACGCCGUGGUCCUGCUCACGCACUAUCACUCGCUGGCCUCCUUCACCUUCGGCUGCGGGAUCAUGCCCGAGAUCCACUGUGACGGCGGCCACACCUUCCGGCCGCCGUCGCUCGGCCACUACUGCGUGUGCGACAUUGCCAACGGCAACCACCACCACGACAGUCCGUUUGGCAGCCAGGAGGUGUGCGGUGGCGAGGUGGAGGUGUUGAUGGAGCGCAUGAAGCAUUUGCAAGAGUGCCGCGAUGACGAAGAGGCCAGCCAGGAGGAGAUGGCCACACGUUUCGAGCGGGAGAAGACUGAGAGCAUGCUGGUGGUGACGGCCGAAGACGAGGAGUGGGUGCCCUCCCGUGACAUCUCACGACACUUUGAAGACCCCAGCUACGGUUACAAGGACUUCUCCAGGAGGGGCGAGCACGUGCCCACUUUCAGAGUGCAGGAUUACAGUUGGGAGGACCACGGCUAUUCUCUGGUGAACCGUCUCUAUCCAGACGUGGGUCAGAUGCUGGACGAGAAGUUCCAGAUGGCGUACAACUUGACGUACAACACCAUGGCCACACACAAGGAUGUGGACACCAGCAUGCUGCGCAGGGCCAUCUGGAACUACAUACACUGCAUGUUCGGCAUCAGGUAUGACGAUUAUGACUACGGCGAGAUCAACCAGCUGCUGGACCGCAGCUUUAAGAUCUACAUCAAAACUAUGGUGUGCAAUCCCGAGAAGACUACCAAACGAAUGUACGAGAGCUUCUGGAGGCAGUUCCAGCACUCUGAGAAGGUCCAUGUUAAUCUGCUUCUUAUGGAAGCGCGAAUGCAAGCUGAACUUUUAUACGCUCUGAGAGCCAUCACUCGCUACAUGACAUGAAGUGCUUCUUUUUUUUUGUUAUAUUCUUUUUUUUUUUUUUUUUUUUAUCACGUGUCAUUGUUGGGACAUUUCAAGAGAACAUUUCCGGGGGGCUGAGUGGAAUAUCAGAACAAAGAAGCAAGUUUUUUGGGGUUUUUUUAGCCUGCAGUGCCAAAAAUGACCAGAGGUAGGCAGCAUUGGGCUUAAAAAAGCAGUUUGUUCAGGAUUUUCUUCAGUGUUCUAGCAACAUCCCCUUAAUUCAACUUCUUAAUUUUCGUGAUCACUGUUUUUUUUCCCCCUCGUUUUAAUUUCAAUCACCUUUUUGGGCCCCCUACAUGUGUGCCUGAACUCCCCAGCGUUUGCGUAUCAAUAACGACGAUAAUGAUGCUGCUGCUGCUCCCAGUGUUAUAUUCAGCAGGGACAAGGGGGUCUUAUUGACUCCCCCACCCCCCCAGAAAAGUAGAAAAAAAAGUUCUCCAUCCACUGCAAUAUCCCCAAAUGUCCGUGUAAGCUAAUUCAAGGAGUGUGUUUGCAAACUCAUAGAACACUGAGCCCUAUUUGAGUUUGUGUGCGUGUGCGUGCGUGGCUGUUUAAAAAAAAAAAAAAAAAAAAUAGUUUUUUAAAAUUUCACAUGUCAAAAAAAAGGCGAGGCACUAUGAAGGCGACUUCUUGCUUCUGCUGUAGCUCUGUUAUUUUGAUGUACCUUGUUUAACAUGUCAGCGAUGACAUCAUCAUUUUUUGUUAUAGCUGUUUAUUUAGAAAGACUGAAAGAAUGAGCGUCUCGUGGGGGCUUCAUCAGGGGCUCUGCUAUGGGCUUGGUCUGGGAGGAAUAGCUAACACACACACAUAAGCACUCACACAAAAGCACAUAUUGAUACACACACACACACACUGCUAAGCUGUCUUCCGCAUUAUCCCGGCUGCCUGGUCGCCCCUAUUUGGAAGGCUGUGAAUUUUACCAGUAUAAUAAAUACCUCUUCUCUUAUCUCCAUCAAAUGUUUUCUCUCUGUGCAGAAAAGCAUGUACAGUGGUACCCUUGCUUCAGAGUGUAAUUUGUUACAAACUCUAUUGCUACUUAAAUUGCGAGUUAGCUUUCUGACAACACAUAAGGUGUUGCUCUCAGAAGUUAAGGUACCACAGUAUCGCCAAAUCAUUUUGGUGGACAGGCGUGUUUUUUGUCAGAGAGCAACUGUUGAAAAGAUGCUCUUUAGUGAGCAGUUUUUGUUUUUUUUCCCCUCCUCCCUGGGCUGCCACGUACGUCCCCAUUUGCUAAGGGGAUGACACCGGCCCGCCAUCAGGCUGAUUUGCGCUCGCAAACGGUUGUAGCUGUGCUUAUUCAAGCCUACUUAGUGCAAAAAAAAACAAACAAAAAAAAAAACAGCUUAUGUUUUAAUGAAACAGUUAUGUUGAGUAAAAAGAAGUGAAGUACCGCAUUCUAAUUGUGAGUGCAGAUUAAGACCGUGAUGGCUGGGAGGUUUUCGACAAAAAGAAUGGUACCAUUGGAAGUGAGUCGGAAGAAAAUGAGAGAUUUUUUUUUUUUCCCCAAAAAAACUUCUGACUGACGUCAGUUACUGACACUUUAAAAAAAAAAAAAAAAAUCAAAAAAUCUAUUAAAAAUCAUGGAAAAAAAAAAAAACUAUGAUAUUGAAUUGUUGUGUAUCAUUUGUAGCGUUCUCUUAUUCUAAAAUUAUUUGGUUACCUUGAGUCAAACAUCUCAGCAGGACAGCACGCUAACACUGAUUGGGUGCCCUGCACUGCCGUUGGUAGUGUAGUGGUUCACUUAGCAACAGCCCAGUAUAUCUUUUGAACUAGAGGAGCUCAUCAGCUUGCCUCUUUGUUACAACUUGCUGGGAAAUAAAAAAAAAAGAUUGUCUAAUCUACUAAAUUCUAUUUGAAGGCCUCCCCUAUUGAGCAUUAUGACAUCAUCACCAGCACAACCAUCACCCUAAAAUGCCUUCACUUCUAAUUUAGGUCUUAAAAAAUAAUCAGCCAGCUAAUACUUUAUAUUACGAGUAAUGUUUUAAUGAGAUGUCAAGGUUGUUCUUUUCUUUAAUCAUGAAGUGCUGUUCCUGAUUUGUGUUGAUGUAACAACCAUGUGACUUUGAAAAUGCUGUACUUUUUGGCGACUUGUAAGCACUGCCUGGCCCCGUGUCUGUGUAACAUGAAUACUGAUGAUGAUAAUAAAGGCUUUGAGAGGCGACAA